GUCGGGGAGGGCUGACGUUGGUCAACAAAGAUGGCGGCGGCGGCGGCAGCGGCGGCAGCGGCGGCGGGGAGCAGCAACUACUGGGAGGAUCUAAGGAAACAGGCUCGGCAGCUGGAAAACGAACUGGACCUCAAGCUGGUUUCUUUCAGUAAAUUGUGCACCAGCUACAGUCAUGGUAGCUCUCGUGAUGGAAGACGGGACAGGUAUAGCUCAGACAACCCGCUCCUGAACGGAUCCACAGACCGCAUGUUUGAAGCGAUGGCUGUGGAACAUCGAGCAACUCGGGGAAGUGCUAUCACUAUUAAGUCGAGUAUAUCAGAAUGUUCUAUGUUGGAUGUGCCCAGUAUGGCGGAGUACACCAACAGCGCCGGCGUACCCUCCCUCAACGCGGCUCUGAUGCACACCCUGCAACGGCACAGAGACAUUCUACAAGUAAGACCCUCCCCCGAGCAUGGGCCUUCCUCACCUACCUACGGGCAGUCCUCGACUUACGACUGCCAUUGA